UUACUGUGCAAUAAAAAGAUGAUAUGUGCAACGGAUGCUAAUAUCGGAACUUCUACUGCGAAUGUUUUCCUGGAUUUUCUGGACCAAACUGCAUGAAGGGCCCUUUGUGCCAAUCUGACACCAACCAGUGCAAAAAUGGCGCUACUUGCAGGUAGGCGAAUAUUUUUAU